UUAUUAUUUAUUAUUGUAAUUGGUACAACAAAAUAUAAAAAUGCUAAUGAAAAAAAUAUUUUUCAUUUUUAUAACAAGUAUUUUUAAUUUUCAAAGAUUACAAGCAGCUAUAAAUAGAUUUCGAUAAAGUUAAAAUUCACUUAUUUGCAAAUAACAUUUAGAAAAAUAGUUUAAUAAUUGUCAAAAAAUUUAUUUAAAAAAAUUCGUAAUUAUGCGUUUUGCUGCCGUCUUUUUAUUUUUGUUUGCAUUUUAUUGUGAUUGCAAUGCACGCAACGGUUACGAUUUGUAUAGCUUCGUGGAUGCAAUUAGAUUUUGUACUAGAUUUGUGCUACGUGAUGGAGAUGUCGAUUUUUAUAAUUGCAGAGAUUAUGAUUAUAAAGAUAUUGGAAGUCUUAGAAUUGAAUUUGGAAAAAAGUAUUGUAUUAGGUUUGUUGAAACACGUGAUGGAACACAAUACUUUUGCGCGAAAAAUAGAAAGGAGGCUAACAUGCCUGUAAUCGUUCAGGACGACGAUGAUGAGAGCGAUGACUAGCUAAAAAUAUGUUUACUAUCUAUACUAUACACAUAUAAAUUAAUUAAUUGUAUCAGUGUAUAUCACAAUUACAAGCUUAUUAUAUGAUGUAAAUUUCUGUAACAGAAGAAAUAAAUAAUUUAUUAAUAGAAA